GAGGGAGGGAGUAAUAUAAGAGAGGCAGCCAUAGAGGGAGAGGUGACAGAGUAGAUUAUCCUCCUCUCCUCUCCUCCUCUCUGCCAGCCUCAUCAUGGUCAUGCUGCAGAUGUUGACUGUUAUCUCUCUGACUGUUAUCCUCCUGGCAUCUGUGGAAGGUAAAGGUGUGCAGAUGCAGAGAGAUGUCCAGUGCUGCAUGUUGUACUCCCAGGGCAAGGUGCGUACCAAAGAUGUGUUGCGGUUUGAGGUGCAGACGGAGGGGCCCGACUGCAGUAUACAAGCCAUCAUUCUUUACACAAAGAAAGCGGUGAAAUGUGCAGACCCCAGAGACCGUAAGGUGAAGAGGUUGCUGAGAAAACUCCUGCAGAGACAGAGAACCAAGGCCCACCGAACCAUGUGGCUCCUUCCUCAUGACAACCUGCCUGUCAUGUCAGAGGACAAGAAAGAUAACUGGGCGGUUCUCAAUGUGGAGUGAUGGAGCGGAGGAAAACUCAUAGUCAUAAGCCAAGUAACUUUCAGCAGCUCGCCUUCUUAACAUGGCGAAGCUUGCUGAUUUCUCCAGUCGUCUCGUGUCUCUCUCUGUCUACACUAUCCGUCUCCCUGGGACCAGACCUGGGCAGCAAUACAUAUUUAAAUGGCUUUAGAUAUUUAAAUAUGAACUGUGCUUGAAAUAUUCCCAAACACGUGGCUGGAACAGUCUCAACAGAGGAGUAUUUACUUGUAAGAUAAGUUGAAUUGAUUUUUUUUUUAAUGGCUCAUACUGUUAUUUGCCGGAGUCUGCCUGGAAGUGUCUCCCUCUACAAAAACAAACCUACUCAUGGCUGAUGUAAAAUCAGUGAAAAAGUUGUAAUUAAACAGAGGAUAAAUGAGCAGUGAUAUUAAUAUUGUAUAUCAGCAAAAUACUCUAUGCUUAUUUGUGACUUGUAUACCUUCAGUAAUGUGUAAUGACACUGCACACAGUAAAGUAGAUGGGGUUUUGUCGCACUGACUGUGCCGAAUACUGGGGAACUAAUAUUGAUUUGCACCUCGUUUUGUACAAUCCAGGUCUCAGUUGUCUUAAAGUUUAAAAAUCCUUGUUCAGGCUUUGACCUUCUGUAUCUGACUGUUAGACAGGUGAAAUCAGUGGGAUCAGAGAGAAGAUUCCACCUGAAUUCAACUCUCUGUUACAUAAAAGAGCAAAUGUUCCUGAUAUUUAUCCACUUUGUAUGUUGACUGUUUAUAAAUUCAGUAUGAAACCUGAGUCAAUCUUUUAAAAUUAGGCCCUCAGACAUCGACCAGUCAUUUCCAUAUCUAUUUGCAGUUUACAUUUGUCUUUUUUCACCAAUAGUCUGUCACUAAACUAUGCCAAAGUAUUCAUGACUCAAUUCACCACAUGGCAAGGCUGUUAAAACUUUGAGGGCUCAAUUGUGUGUGAAACACACAAGUAUUGUAGAAGAGUGCACUGUAUGUUAAAACACAGUAUCUCAAUUUUAUAAAUUAAUCUGAAAUAAUAA